GUUGCGGCCGGCGCCAUUUUCUCGAGCUGCCUGUUUCGGGUGCCGCCAUGUUGGUGAGGAGAAAUCACCGUUACGGCCACUGUCCAAAUCCCCGCGUCGGUGCACGCCGCCCGCCCGCUCCCACGCCACAGCCACCGGCGGCGAAUAGAGACUAGAGCGGCAGCGCCGGCAGCGCGGGGCCGUUGCCCAGUGUUUGCAGUUAGAGCCCCACCUCUCUGGCGUGGUUGUUAAUAGACUGGAAAGUCUGUGUCUGUGUCGCUCACUAGUAACCGUGAGUUUUUACCACUUCGUCACCUGUCGGCGGCGGCCGGGAGCAGGUUCCCGCAGGCGGCGCAGGGGUCUUCCCCGCGCCCCGCCGCCGCCGGCCUCGCAGACCUGCCCUCCAGCCCCGCCCCGUUCUUGACCAAACAUGACAGACUCUGAACAUGCAGGGCACGACAGAGAAGAUGGCGAAUUAGAAGAUGGUGAAAUAGAUGAUGCAGGAUUUGAAGAUAUACAAGAAAAAGAAGCAAAAGAGAAUGAAAAGCAGAAAAGUGAUAAAGCCUACAGAAAAUCAAGAAAAAAGCACAAGAAGGAAAGGGAAAAGAAAAAAUCCAAAAGGAGAAAACGUGAGAAACAUAAGCAUAAUUCCCCAUCUAGUGAUGAUAGUUCGGACUACAGCCUUGAUUCAGAUGUUGAACAUGCAGAAAGUUUCCAUAAAAAAAGAACUGGUUUCUACAGGGAUUAUGACAUUCCAUUUACUCAGCGUGGACAUAUAUCAGGAAGCUACAUGACAUCAAAGAAGGGUCAACAUAACAAAAAAUUUAAAAGUAAAGAAUAUGACGAGUACAGUACUACCUACAGUGAUGACAACUUCGGUAACUACAGUGAUGACAACUUUGGUAACUACGGUCAGGAAACAGAGGAAGAUUUUGCCAAUCAGCUGAAACAGUACAGACAAGCUAAAGAAGCCUCAAAUACUGCUUUAGGGUCAUCAUUUUCUAAAGAAUCAGGGAAAAAACAGAGAAUGAAAGGAGUUCAGCAAGGUAUUGAACAGAGGGUUAAAAGUUUUAAUGUUGGUCGUGGACGUGGCUUGCCGAAGAAAAUCAAACGAAAAGACCGUGGGGGAAGAACCAAUAAAGGGCCUAAUGUUUUUUCAGUAUCGGAUGACUUUCAAGAGUAUAGUAAACCAGGGAAAAAAUGGAAGGUUAUGACUCAGGAAUUUAUUAAUCAGCACACAGUGGAACACAAAGGAAAACAGAUCUGUAAAUACUUCCUGGAAGGGAGAUGUAUUAAGGGAGAUCAGUGUAAAUUUGAUCAUGAUGCAGAGUUGGAGAAAAGAAAAGAGAUCUGCAAAUUUUAUUUACAAGGAUAUUGUACCAAAGGAGAGAACUGCAUUUAUAUGCAUAAUGAAUUUCCAUGCAAAUUCUAUCAUAGUGGAGCAAAAUGUUACCAGGGGGACAACUGUAAAUUUUCCCAUGAUGAUCUGACUAAAGAAACAAAGAAACUUUUGGACAAAGUGAGUAAUAUUUUUGUACCUUGGCUACAUAUAAAUGCUUCAUUCUUUAUAGUAAGUUUUUGUCUGCAUUUAGAUGAUACAGUUAACUGGUAUUCCAGUAGUGAAGAGGAAGAAGGAAGCAGUGUCAAGUCAAUACUGAAAACAUUACAGAAACAAACAGAAACUUUAAGGAAUCAGCAACAACCUUCCACAGAACUCAGUCCUCCUACUGAUCCAAGACUUGCUAAAGAGAAAAGUAAAGGAAACCAAGUGGUUGACCCUAGACUUAGGACUAUCCCAAGGCAAGACAUCAGAAAGCCUUCUGAGUCUGCCCCACUGGAUCUUAGACUUGCGUGGGAUCCCAGGAAAUUAAGAGGGAAUGGAAGUGGUCACGUAGGCUCUUCUGUUGGUGGAGCAAAGUUUGAUGUGCAUCAUGCAAAUGCUGGCACUAAUGUUAAACACAAAAAAGGUGAUGAUGAUGAUGAAGAUACAGAGAGAGAACUGAGAGAAAAAGCUUUCUUAAUACCUUUGGAUGCCUCACCUGGCAUAAUGCUCCAGGAUCCAAGGUCACAAUUGAGACAGUUCAGUCACAUUAAGAUGGACAUUAUUCUAACCAAACCCAAUUUUGCAAAACACAUUGUGUGGGCUCCGGAAGACUUACUUCCAGUACCUUUACCUAAACCUGAUCCAGUGUCUUCAAUCAAUUUACCUCUGCCCCCACUUAUAGCUGACCAGAGGCUAAAUAGGUUAUGGAAUACAAAAAGUGAUCUUCAUCAAAAUACAGUGUCCACUGAUCCAAAAUUAGCAGCCAAAGCCAAAAUUAAUACAACAAACAGAGAAGGCUACCUAGAACAAUUUGGAGACUCACACAGUUCAGGAAGUAAAUUAGGAGAUCCUAGGCUACAAAAAAAUUUUGAUCCUAGGCUUCACAGACUGCCCAAUACAGAGUCUCAUCAAGUAGUUAUGAAGGAUUCACAUACAUCAAAGGGUACCCCUCACUUAGCCAGAUCAAACCCUGGUUCAUCACAGCCCUCAGGGGCAGGAACUAGCAAUUCUGGUUCCGGGGCUCUGCCUCCAUAUGCCCCUAAACUCUCUUCCUCAGCUGGCCUUCCACUGGGAACUCCAACUUCAGUUCUUAGUGGUAUUAGUUUGUAUGACCCUAGGGAUCAUGGUUCAUCGUCCACAGCAGAGCCUGCAACAGUUUCUUUAGGAGAAAACUCAAAGAACCAGAAAAAAAGUGGUGGCUUAAAAAGUAGUGACAAAAAUGAGUCUUCUCCUGGAGAAGCUAUCCUGCCACAGAAAACAGCUCCAAAUGUGGAAGUCCCUCUUGAUGGGCCAGCUGACCCACAGGCAGAUGUUCCCAGGAGUUCUGGUAAGGUUCAGGUCCCAGCAGUGCACAGCCUUCCUAUUCAGGCAUUAACAGGCUUAAUUAGGCCCCAGUACAGUGAUGCAAGGCAGGCAAGGCAGCCAGGACAGGGGAGCCCCACCCCAGAUAAUGAUUCCGGUAGAGAAACAGAUGACAAAUCUCUGAAAGAGGUUUUUAAAACUUUUGAUCCAACCGCUUCACCAUUUUGUUAGUUAUUGUGUAAUUAAGCAGUUCCUUUCACUCUUGUGACUAUCUCAGUCCUCUGCUGUUUUGUAACUGGUUUACCUCUAUAGUUUAUUUAUUUUUAAAUUAUAAACACUUUUCAGCUGCUAGUAUCAGAACCACAUGAAGUUAUAGCCUCUAAAGCCUGUGGUAUUUUAUAUGAUAUUUUUAUAACUUUAAGAGACUGUAGUAAUUGACCUAAAAACUUAUGUUAGUUUCAGUAAAAGUACUUUUAUUGUAAAUAAACCAUCAUGAACUCACACUCUGCUUGAAUAUAUGCCAGUUGUCUUUCAUAAUCAAUGUUUAGAUAAAUGAUUGCCACUUUUUAUAUGGUUGUUUAGUUUCAAGCAAUAUGAUGUACAUUACUUUUGAGAAACAGUAUUUUGACUAGGAUCUCUCUAUUUGUCAGCACAGAACUGAUUAAUAUGUAAUACUAACUGCUAAUUAAAAUGUAAAAUCCAGUAAAGAAAACAUUUUAAAAUCACAAUUAGCAGAGCAGUUCAUGUUUAAGGGUAUCACUUUUAUUAGUAUUGGCAAUAUUAUUUGUGUAAAUGAAGCAUUUGAAUGUCAUAUCUUUUUAAAGUAUUUUAUUGUAUACUGUAUUAUAGAAGUUGGAGGUAUAUAAACAGAACAUUUUGCUAAAGUGAAAAAUUUCCAAGUUCUCUAGCAUAACUUUUUAAAUUUAAUUUUUCAUAUGAAGUAGCAAUUAGUUACUGCUGUGUUACAUUGUGAUGUUUAUGUAUGUCAGUGUUUUUGUCUUUAGCAGCAUAGUUUAUAUUGCUUUUUCAAUAGCUGCAAUAAUUGUGUUCAUCAUGACUUUGGCAAUUUUUAACAAAAUUUUUAAAGAUCCAGUGAGAGUCUGUAGUGAUUAUUACAUGGAUAAUGUUUUAAAUGUCUAGGUUCUGUAUUUUUUCUUAAAUAGCAAGAAAACACAGAGAUUGCAAGUAUAGUCAACAGCAUUUGGCUAUCAAUAAAGAAUCUCUUUCAGAUCUCACUUGGCUGGCAUUCUGUAACAGAGGGGAUUGAUUACCUGGUGUUUUAAGUAUUUAAUGUCUUCAUAGUGUGGAAAUCUCCUAAACUGAUUAGAAACUGUAUUUUAUGAAAAAUAACGUGUAUUCAUUCUUGUGUAUUUAUUGCAAUAUAUAAAUAAUGGCAACUCUUUGUUUUAUACAUACAUAAUUUAUAACUGAAACUAAGUAUUACACUGCUACUCAUAUUCUGAACUGGAAGUGUAGAACAGUGCUGGUAACAACUCCAAUACAUAUUAAUAACUUGAAAAGGACCAUUUCACUAUAAAAGACAGUGAAAGUAAGUGAUGAAAUCAGUCCUUGAAUGAAAACAGCUGCCCUUGAGAAGUGAUUUUUUUUUUUUUAAUAUACAGUAAAAUAUUUCAUGGGAACCUAACACUCAGAUAGCAUAUGGUUUAUUAAUAAUGCAUAUCCUUUCUAAUCACUUCUUCAAUUCUUUCUGCUUCAGUUCUGUGCUAAAAUGGGGUUGUGGUUAAGUGAACAAGAACUCUGCCUACUUAAGUUCGUUGUGUUCCAAGUGGAAGGAGAGUUACUGAAGGGAAUGUGAAUUUUUACUGUUUGUACUUCAGAUACAUUUGCUGUCUGAAAUGACUCUGGAUAACAUUUUUGGCUUCAAAAUGUAAUUUAAAGCCACCAUACAAAGUAUUUUCUAAUUUACUCUCCAAAUGAAUUUUGUUGUUAAUUGAGAAGUCAAUAAAAUGGAUUAAACUGACAGAAAA